AUGAAGAAAAAGGAAAAUGAUGAGCGGCAACAUAAGCGAGAAGAGGAAAAAGAAGAAGAAAAGAAGGAUGGUGAAGAAGAUAAGAGUCAAGAAGAAGGUAGAAAAGUAGCAACAGCAGCAGCAGAAGAAGAAGAAGCGGCAAUAGAUGAACAAGGAGGCGCGGAAAAAGGAAAAACUAUUGAAGAAGAAGCUGACAAAGUUGACAAAGAAAAAGUUGAGCAAGAAGCAGUAGGUGAACGAAAAGAAGAAGAUGAGGAAGAAACAGUUGCAGAAGCUGAGGAAAAAACAGCUGCUGUAGGUGAAGUAAGAAAAGAAGGUGUGAAAGAAAAGGAAACUGAAGAAGUAGCAGCUGAUACACAUGCUGAAAAAGAAGGAGAAUAA